CCUCCCCCGGCGGCAUGGAGGGGCCCCGCUCCUGACGGCCGCGCCGCCGCCUCGGCCCCCGCCCCCCCUCCCGGCCCCGCCCGCCUGCCCGCCCCCGCUCGCAUGUCCGCGCCGCCUUAGCCGAGGAUGCUGAGGAUGAAGCUGCCGCUGAAGCCGACGCACCCCGUGGAGCCGCCGCCCGAGGCGGAGGAGCCCGAGGCAGACGCACGGCCGGGCGCAAAGGCGCCGCCGCGUCGCCGCCGAGACUGCCGUCCCCCGCCGCCGCCGCCCGCGGGCCCGCCGCGGGGCCCCCCGCCGCCGCCGCCACCACCGCCGCCGCCUCCGCCGCCGCCCCGGGGGCUAGGGCAGCCUGUUGCUGGCGGAGCAGCGGCGGGGGCGGGCAUGCCGGGCGGCGGCGGAGGCGGCGGGCCCGCGGCGGCGCUGCGCGAGCAGGAACGAGUGUACGAGUGGUUUGGGCUGGUGCUGGGCUCGGCGCAGCGUCUGGAGUUCAUGUGCGGGCUGCUGGACCUGUGCAACCCGCUGGAGCUGCGCUUCCUCGGCUCGUGCCUGGAGGACCUGGCACGCAAGGACUACCACUACCUGCGCGACUCAGAGGCCAAGGCCAACGGCCUCUCGGACCCGGGGCCGCUGGCCGAUUUUCGAGAGCCGGCCGUGCGCUCGCGCCUCAUCGUCUACCUGGCGCUGCUGGGCUCGGAGAACCGUGAGGCCGCCGGCCGCCUGCACCGCCUCCUGCCCCAGGUGGACUCGGUGCUCAAGAGCCUGCGCGCGGUUCGGGGUGAGGGUUCGCGGGGAGGCGUGGAGGACGAGCCCGGCGAGCGCGGGGAGGACGGCGAAGGCGAGGAGGACGCAGAGAAGGACGGUUCCGGCCCGGAAGGCAGCGGCGCCGAGCCCCGGCCCGGCGGCGGGUUGGGCUUCAGGGCCCAGGAGGAACUGCUGCUGCUCUUCACCAUGGCUUCGCUGCACCCGGCGUUCUCCUUCCACCAGCGGGUCACCCUGAGGGAGCACCUGGAGAGGCUCCGCACUGCGCUCCGCGGGGGCCCCGAGGACGCAGAGGUGGAGGUGGAGCCGUGCAACUUUGCCAGCCCCCGGGCCCAGAACGAUUCUGCUCAUGGUGAUUACACGCCAAGUAAUGAGGCCAGUUUACUAGAACAAGCCCCAAUACCUCACGAUGGACUUCCUGUGGCACCUCAUAGAACCCAGCGAGAAGCUGUGCACAUUGAGAAGAUAAUGUUGAAAGGAGUCCAGAGAAAAAGGGCUGACAAGUACUGGGAGUACACGUUCAAAGUAAAUUGGUCUGAUCUUUCAGUCACAACAGUAACAAAAACCCACCAAGAACUACAGGAAUUUCUACUGAAGCUCCCAAAGGAAGUGUCUUCAGAGACUUUUGACAAGACCAUCUUAAGAGCCCUGAAUCAGGGCUCAUUGAAAAGGGAAGAACGGCGACAUCCUGACCUAGAGCCCAUCCUAAGGCAGCUAUUUUCCACGUCCUCCCGAGCUUUCCUGCAGAGUCGGCGGGUGCACAGCUUCUUCCAGGCCGGACCGGCCGACCCCCUGCACAGCCUCAAUAACUUACAGUCCUCUCUGAAGACUUCUAAAAUCUUAGAACACUUAAAGGAAGACAGUUCGGAAGCUUCAAGUCAAGAAGAAGACGUGUUACAGCACACCAUAAUCCACAAGAAACACCCCGGGAAAAGUCCCCUCGUGAACACUAUUGGUACAAGUUGUUCUCCAUUGGAUGGGCUCACCAUGCAAUAUUCCGAACAGAAUGGAAUCGUGGAUUGGAGGAAGCAGAGCUGUACCACCAUUCCGCACCCGGAGCACUGUGUGGCCUUAGCUGAUCAGCAUUCAACUGAGAAACAAGGCUUAUCGUCAAUAAAUAAGAAGAAAGGAAAGCCACAAAUAGAAAAGGAGAAAAUGAAGAAAACUGACAACAGAUUGAAUAGUAGAAUAAAUGGUAUUAGACUCUCUACUUCUCAACAUGCCCAUGGUGGUUCUUUGAAAGAUGUGAAUUUGGACAUUGGAUCUGGACAUGACACAUGUGGAGAAACCUCUUCAGAGAGUUACAGUUCUCCUUCUAGCCCACGACAUGAUGGAAGAGAAAGCUUUGAAAGUGAAGAAGAAAAAGACAGAGACACAGACAGCAAUUCUGAGGAUUCUGGGAAUCCGUCAACAACCAGGUUUACAGGCUAUGGUUCUGUCAACCAGACCGUCACUGUCCAGCCACCUGUUCAGAUUGCUUCAUUAGGAAGCGACAACGGAGGCCUUUUAGAAGAUCCCCUAACCGCACCCAAGUAUCAGCAUAUUUCUUUUAUGCCAACUUUACACUGUGUCAUGCACAAUGGUGCCCAGAAGUCUGACGUUGUUGUUCCUCCACCCAAAUCUGCUGAUGGCAAGACAAUAGGGAUGCUCGUUCCCAGUCCUGUUGCUAUUUCCGCAAUAAGGGAAUCCACAAAUUCUACCCCUGUUGGAAUCCUGGGGCCAGCAGCUUCUACUGGAGAAUCCGAAAAACACCUUGAAUUACUGGCUUCCCCUUUACCUCUUCCGUCAGCCUUCCUCCCCCACAGCAGCGCCCCCGCUUUACACCUCACAAUCCAGAGGCUAAAGUUGCCACCCCCACAGGGGUCUUCAGAGAGUUGCCCAGUUAACAUCCCACAGCAGCCCCCCGCGAGUCUGAGCAUUGGAUCACCAAACACUGCCUUUCUUCCUGUCCACAGCCCAGGUAGUUUUCCGGGAUCUCCUGUUGCUACCACGGACCCCAUCACAAAAUCUGCAUCCCAGGUGGUAGGACUCAAUCAAAUGGUGCCUCAAAUCGAGGGAAACACGGGGACCGUCCCUCAGCCUACCAAUGUGAAGGUAGUUCUUCCAGCAGCCGGCCUGUCAGCCGCCCAGCCACCAGCUUCCUACACCUUGCCCGGCUCGCCCCUCGCCGCCAGCGUGCUGCCCAGCCAGAGCUCCAGCGUGCUCAGCCCGGCGGCCACGUCGGCCCCGUCGGCGGGGGCGGGCCUCAGCCAGGCCCCGCCCGCCGGGCCGCCCGCCGUCCCCACCCACACCCCGGGCCCCGCCCCCAGCCCGAGCCCCGCUUUGACACACAGCACUGCGCAGAGUGACAGCACGUCCUACAUCAGUGCGGUGGGAAACACGAACGCUAACGGGACGGUGUUGCCGCCGCAGCAGGUGGGCUCGGGCCCUUGCGGUUCGUGCGGGCGCAGGUGCAGCUGCGGGACCAACGGGAGCCUGCAGCUGAACAGCUACUACUAUCCCAACCCGAUGCCCGGACCGAUGUACCGAGUCCCGUCGUUCUUCACUCUGCCGUCCCUCUGCAAUGGCAGCUACCUCAACCAAGCACAUCAGAGCAACGGAAACCAACUUCCUUUCUUUCUGCCUCAGACUCCGUACGCAAACGGGCUGGUGCAUGACCCGGUCAUGGGGAGCCAAGCCAACUACGGCCUGCAGCAGAUGGCGGGCUUCGGGAGGUUCUAUCCCGUCUACCCGGCACCGAACGUAGUUGCCAACACGAGCGCUUCGGGGCCCAAGAAGAACGGGAACGUGUCAUGUUACAACUGUGGCGUGAGCGGACACUACGCACAGGAGUGCAAGCAGUCGUCCAUGGAGGCCAGUCAACAAGGCACUUACAGACUGAGAUACGCACCUCCCCUCCCCCCUUCUAAUGAUACGUUGGAUUCUGCAGACUGAAACAAGUAAAGCUUGACUGCUUAAUACCCUGACGUGUUGGGGAGUCAUGGUGGGGUGUGGAGGGGAGGAAAGGAAAGGUAUUUUGUUUGUGUUUCUUUGUCUAUACAUUUCCUAGAUUUCUAUGCAGUUGGGACUUUUCAUUUCUCUUGUACCGAUGUCCAAAACAAAAAAGAUGCAUUGCUUUUGAGCCUCUGGUCUCCUGGUUCAACAACAGGCUUAUCUGUAUGAUACAUGUCAUUUAAACCUCCAGACAAACUAUCAAAAGGAAAAGGUUUGCUUUUUUUUUUUUUUUUUACACUGAAUACUUGCUGUGUGCAAUGUUUACUGAAUCUUUAAAACUGUGUAUUUGACCUUUUUUUACAACACUGGUGAUAGUCAUAUGGUUUUGAAAAAGAGAAACUUUGCUUCUUCUGCACUCUUCUCACUUUCACCCUAAAGGACACACAUCACCCCGCCACCCUCCUUCCAGUGACCCGUGGCCAGGGCAGUUGGCCAUGCAUCGGUCUACACUUCCAUGACCUGCCCUUCCUAUAAAUUGAGGGUGGAAUGUUUCACCUUCCUGUGAAAGGACACAUCAAGUCCCCUGAACUGUGUGUAUAUAUGUCCCAAACAGCAUCCCGUAAACACAUAUAUGCAGUGCUUGUGGUCCAAAUUAAAAUUAAAGUUAGUGGAAGAGAGUGGAAGAAGUAAAACCAUAUGAAACAAAAAAAAUACGAAAUCUGAAGAGGACAAAGAGCUUUUUCUUAUAAAAAAGAAAAUAAUAAUAAAAAAAUAAAAACAAAACAAAAAACCCAAAAAACUUUUUACUUCAUCAUACUUUUUUAGCCUGUUGCUUCAGAGAGACAUAAUAAAGUAAACAAACUAGUGUGAGUGUUGUUCUGUGUGCCUGUGUGUAAUGAAAGUCGACAGCCGAUCUUAUUUGUAGUCUACCACUGUGUCGUGCUAAAGAGACACUACCUGAGUAAAGAGUUCUUCUUUUCUCACACCAACUGUAGCAGUGUUACGUUGUGUUUAAAAAUGUGUAUGGUUUAUUGCAAUCUGAGCAGAAGCUGUGGUUUCUGCAAAAGUCAGGUUUGUUCCCUAACCCAUCUCUCGUAGCAAAGUCACUUUGAUAAGUUUACCACUAUGCUUAAUUAUAAUGUGAAAGACUGAAUUCUGAGUGUGUAAAGAUGGUAUUAAUCAUGUCAGUGUCAUGUCACUAAGUUUAAUGCUGCUGUUUUUAAAAAAAAACUUUUUUUUAAAGCCAAUCUAUGUACUAAAUUGCUUCCAGGUAAUUUUUGAUUUCCUAAAGUGCACUGAGAUUAUCUGGAAGACUGGGUGUAUUUUUGGAACUGCUGCGUUCAACAGCAGUGAGCAACUACCACUGUAUAGUCUGAGAUAGGGUCGGGCCGGUUUCGUUUUCCCAUUCCUCAGUACAGAGCAGAAGGGAUAGGUUUUUGUUGUGUGGAGUAACGUCGGUGUACAGCAGAGGGACUUAAAUAUUUGGUCUUGGUGCAGAAGCCUAACAGAUUGCUAGAUAAAAGGAAAAACUUGAAGACAAAAGAAGCUUCAUUUAAUGCUUCCUAGGUAGCAUUUAUAUUUAUAGCAGCAAUGUACAUUUUGAAACUAAUUUUCAGGGUGGGAGCUAAAGGGGAAAGGGGCGGGGGAUGCAGGGGUAGAUGAAAGCUUUAAUUUAAAAAGAAAAGUUCAAGUAAAGGAAAUUAUUUUGAUUAAAUAUAUUUUAUUUGAUCUGGGUAUUUUUGGACCACAUUAUUAAAUUAAUUGUUAAGCUGCAGUUGAGUUGUUCCGGUGAGAGUUUUGAUAAGCCACGUGCGGACCGCAUUGUGAAUCCCUUGCCAGUUGUACUUCAUGGAGCUUAUUUUAUGAUUUAAAAUACUGUACUGUACAUAGGAGGUAUGUUACCUUCUCCUUAUUUGUAUGUUUACCAUAUACUUUGAUAUUUGAAAUGUUAUGUACUGGAAAGGCCACUUAUAUUUCUAGAACAGAUUGGAUUUUAUGCAACCCUUUUUCCUUGAAUUAACAGCAAUAAAAAAAAUGAAAAACA